AUGGAAAAACAAGCAAAGAAGCUCACUCGAAAGUCAUCCGCUCGUUCUUGCCAUGGGUGUACAAACUGCCGCCGAAGCAAGGUUAAAUGCGACGAGCAAAAGCCAAUUUGCACUCGGUGCUGGCAGAAGGAUCUACAUUGUUCAAGCCCUUUUCAACUAAAAUGGGAAUCGACCUACCAUGAUCGUGGAAUUGCCUUUGGGAGAUCCGGUCUCUCAGGUAAAAAUCCCCCGAAAAAGGAACAGAGCCUACGACCCCCUUCAGGAUCAAGUUCUACCUUCCCUAAAGAGACUAUAUGGCUUGGAACUCCGGCCAUUCAACCAUGGACAUUCGUGAACAAUGAUACGCCUUUUAUUCGUCGACUUUGUGAAGAAGAACAAGAUCAUGGCAAGCGACGUCUCCUGCCGGCUUUGGACGCUAAACUGGCCAUUGGGGAGCAGGGAACACACGAGCUGGUGCGACCAUUUCCAAAGUUGCCACACCUUCUUGGUCGGUCAGUCAGCAUUGAUGAGGCUUUCAUCCCGAAUUUAUCAUCAUCUCCCUCGCUAUUUCCAUCACUAGAUCAGGUGGGGAAUAGGAUGCUGUUCGACUACUAUAUAAAUCAAAUAUGCCCUCGAACGGCACAUAGUUCUCUAUCACAGUCCCCGUUUGCGUCGGUCAUUCUACCCUACUGCUUAGCAGCUCCGGCCACAGUAUUACGAGCGAUCCAAGCGCUGGCCGCCUGUCAUUGGUCUCAAUAUGACUCCAAAUACAGCACCAUCAGUCUGCGAUUGAAGUCUCGAGUUCUAAUAGACUUUCGAAAAAUAAUCCAUGUUGACAAAAAGGCAGUCGUGGCAAACGACCCCGAAAUAUUAGUUAUUGCGAUGUUCUUAUGCCUUUUCGAUAUUGUCGAUCACUGUAAUCAACAGUGGAUUGUUCAUCUCCAAGGAGCGAAAGAUAUCAUUCGAUUUAGAAGGCGACAUCAAUAUUUGACAGAGGUGAAUUGGAAUAAGCAACAAGAUGAUGUAUCUCACUUUGUGGAACUUUUCUUUGCUUUCCAAGAUGUGAUGGGUCGGACUGCUUGCGCAAAAGCAGAUAUUUUCGGUUCAAGCUAUUGGCAGGAAGAUGACACCGCAAUCAAUUCUUGGAUGGGUUGUAGUCCAGCUCUCGUCUCGAUAUUAUUCUCAGCCAUGGAUCUCAGUAGGUCUCGACAACACAUAGUCUCUAAUGAGGACCAAUUGAACUUUAAGAUCAAUGCCACCGCAUUGGACAACAAACUCGAACAUUUGAAACAAGAACUUCAUGACCAAGAAGAAGAUCAGACGAUUUACCGGGUUGCCGAGCUGAAGAGAAUUACUUGUAUCGUCUUUCUAAAAUGUGCGUUAUUUGGUGGAAAGCCAUCAGACCCUGCGAUCAAGACAUAUGUACGGGAAAUUAUGAGUGAAGUUUUUGGGCUGCAUGCUUUGGAAUCGGCAUGCCACGUUAUCUGGCCUCUUUUUGUCGCUGCUGUAGAACUGGACCCGCUUAGUGUUGAGCUUUUCUCAAAUCCACAAACUGGAUUAAUGACUGACGGGAGAAGGCUUGUUUUGGAAUUACUGGAAGAAAUGGUCAAGAGUACAGUGUCGGGUAUUUCUCGGAUACGUGUGGUUGUUGAGCAGGUUUGGAAAGCGCGAGACUUCAAUUUAUCAAAGCCCAUCGAGCCAAAGCAAUCGCCAAUUCCCGUUUUAAAUGACUGGGAAGAGUAUGUUGUGCCAGUCAGUGAUGCCUUGUGCUUGGUAUAA